CUGACAUAAUGAUGGAUAGCGCUAGAGUGGGAAAGGCCCGCAGGAAUUCAAAUACACUGAUAUGGAAUAUAAAGACUUAAUAGGCAGGGACAUGGAAGGACGAAUUAAAGUUUGUCAUACCGCUUGUCCUCUAACGGAAUGAAGGAUCUGGAGCCUCGAGACUGGUAAUUGUUAAACAUACACAUCGAGGAAGAGCUAAACAGAUCACGCAACAGGAAGUGAACAAGAUGCCGGGGUGCAAAAGGGCAGGAAUAGCGCGGUUAACCACAAUGACGCUUGAAGCCGACGACGUGAUGCAUCAUCUAUCCACAAAGAUGCGUGUAGCGUUCCUGUUGCUGAUACUGUCUGGUUGCUGUUGCGGAUGGCUGUUUCGCAAGAAAGACAAAUCCCACAAUUGUGCAAAAAAGCGUAGUCCAGACGAAAAGCCUUAUUUCUUUGGUACGACGAAUUUGUUCUGCAUGACGUACAGCUAUUAUUUCAGGCGACCUAAGCGAACAGCCAGAAUGCCUACGUUGAAACCAAUACAUAGCUGGAUCCAAUAUGACGGUCACUACGUGGAGUUCGGUAUCUACCACAACUACAGCAAGCCUUACAACUACUCCGUCUCAAUAGAACGCCCGGCCGUCGGGGAUAAGUGUAAUUAUCGGUUACAGCAAACACCAAAAGGUUACAGCAGCCUGGGGAUUGACUGUAUCAAGGGCUGCGCCAGAAACUACAUGAGAAAGUACGGCAAAUAUCGUCUCUUUUUGAACAACUGUCACGUGUUCAUCAAUAGAAUAUCCAAGAUUCUGUGUCACUCUACGUCAUGUCCGUCCUGGUGUCUGUUUAAUCAAACAGCGACAAAUGGUAUAGGUUGAAAGCUGCAUACAAGAACGGUUAACUAGCUGAAUCAGACAUCUAAAAAAGGAAUGGUCCAGCAAAUAAAAAAUGUUUUGGGAUUAAUAAAAAAACGUUUUUGGUCAGCGAGUAGUGUUGAUUUCCAAAA